GUAACAUAGACGACCAGAGUUCAUUAAUUGCGCGAAUAAAAACACUUAGUAUCCCCAACAAUUCUAUUUACAUUACAAAUACUUCCUCAUCUUCUACAUCAAAGAGCAAAGUCGAAACAAAAUGGCAACUACUCCUGGAGGAACAGCCGACGCGAUCAUCCGCCUCCUCUGCGAGCGCGGCACCAGCGAUUACAUCGGUGAGAGCAUCAGUCAACUCGAGCACUGUCUGCAAUGCGCACACUCCGCUGCAGAAGCUGGAAGCGAUGAUGAAACCGUACUUGCAGCGCUACUGCAUGACAUUGGCCAGUUCCUCCCUAUAGAGGAUGCAAAGGAUGUUAGGAUGUCAAUGGGGGAGUAUUCUGUUGGUCGAGUUGGACAUGAGAGGGUUGGAGAGGAGUACUUGAAGGGCUUGGGGUUUGGAGACAAGGUGUCGAAGCUGGUUGGGAGCCACGUGGCUGCGAAGAGGUAUCUCACAGCAGUUGAUUUGUCGUAUUAUGAUGCAUUGUCGGAGGCGUCGAAGCAAAGUUUGAAGUUCCAGGGAGGGCCAUUCGAAGGGAAGGACUUGGACACAUUCGAACAGGACCCGUUGAGGGACGAGAUGGUGAGUUUAAGGAGAUGGGAUGACGAGGCAAAAAUUGCUGGUAUUGAAGACGUGACGCCGAGGGCGGAGUUAUAUCGAGGGAUGAUUCAAAGGCACUUAGAGAGAGCUUAGAAAAUCAAUAGUGGUUUAAUACUGCUUUAGUGGACAUAAUAGACAACU